UGACGAUUGGCAUUUGGUUGGACAUUGUAACUUGUGUUAAAAAAAGUUACAAAUUAAUUAAUCGUAAAGGUGUCGGCCUUCAUAAUUCCGUCCGUUUCUAAUUAAUAUAACAUCGUUGAGAACAUAACUUUAAGAAAAACUGCUCUUAGACGUAUUUCCUAUCGUAGUAGGAAAUAUGUAGUGAGACAACGAGAUUAAAAGUGACAUUACCUAGUGUUUAAGUAGGAACUUGCUGUGAAAUUGUGAAUAACUCGUCAAGAUGAGUGGGCGCUCAAAUCGUGGUGUGUUUGGGAAGCUGUUCUCCAAAAAGCAACAGAAUAAAGAAGAUCGUGUGACAGAGAUAGGCAUGCCCACAAAUGUUAAACGUCAUAUACACGUAAGUAAGAACUCCGAGACGGGCAUGUUGGAAGGUCUGCCAUCUCCUUGGCUUCGGGUAUUAAAUGCUCAGAUCACACCUGCAGAGCAAAAUGAGAACCCAGAUGCGGCCAUUAAGGCCGUUAUAUUCCACAUGUACCGUAUGGAAAGGGAGAAGGCAUUGGAUGAGCCGUUCAAACCCUUUGUUACUCCUGAAGUCAUCACGAAAGAAGAUAUGGAAAUGAAAAAGCUUGUAGACCACAAAAAUGCUCACCAAAGUCAAGAUUCUGAUCUGUCCAUCGGGCAGAGCAGUGAAGAAGAUAGUGGUCCAAUUGACAGGUUGCCCCAAAGACAAACCAUGCCAGCAGCUCCUAUUAAACAUGGUCUCAAAAAGAAAGAUGCACAAAUGGACCUAAGCGCCGUUUUGGAGGACUUGACUCUAAUUGGUGAACCUGAAGAGAGUCCUAUAAUGAGGAAGAAGGAGAUAAAUUCAACAUUGACUGAUGAGGAAGUGUAUGAGGAAUUAAGAAGGAUUUGCAACAAAGAUGACCCUUACGUUAGAUUUGAGAGAGUGAAGGAUCUUGGUGCUGGUGCUUCAGGUGUCGUGUUCAUUGCGAUCGACAGCAAUGACAACUCGAGAGUGGCCAUCAAAGACAUCGACUUGACCAAACAGUCCAAAAAGGAACUAAUACUCAAUGAGAUCAAUGUACUGAAGGACUUCAACCAUAAGAACUUGGUGAACUUCCUCGACGCCUUCCUAAGCUUUGACCAUCUUUGGGUAGCUAUGGAACUGCUCGAUGGUGGCUCUCUUACUGAUGUUGUUACCGAAGUCAUCAUGAAGGAGGGACAGAUAGCAGCCGUGUGUCGAGAGACACUUCAAGCCAUAUCCUUCCUUCAUUCUAAAGGCACCAUACACAGGGAUAUAAAAUCUGACAACGUGUUACUCGGCAUGGAUGGCUCUGUCAAAGUCACCGAUUUCGGAUUUUGCGCCAACAUAGUCGGCGACGAGAAGAGGCAGACUAUGGUUGGUACGCCAUACUGGAUGGCACCCGAAGUGGUUACAAGGAAGCAAUACGGGAAGAAAGUCGACAUAUGGUCGCUAGGCAUAAUGGCCAUAGAAAUGAUAGAAGGAGAACCACCCUACAUGAAGGAGACUCCUCUAAGAGCGCUGUACUUGAUAGCAGCUGUGGGUCGCCCCAAAAUACCAAGGUGGGAGAACUUAUCAGCAAAUUUCCAAGACUUCCUGGACAAGUGCCUGCAAGUGGAUGUAGAUAUGAGGGCAACAGCGGACGAACUCCUCGAGCACCCGUUCCUUGAAUGCGCCAUGGAGUUGAAGACCUUGACGCCACUGAUCAGGGCGGCUCAGAAAAUACUUCAUAAGAACUAUGAGUGAGACACUCUUCCAUUCCCGUUUUAACCAAUUUUAUAGCAAUAUUGCAGUUUUGUAUGUAUUUAGUAUUAAGCUAAUUUUCAGGUGCCAAUUUUGUAGUUAUAAAAACAUUUUUUCGAUAAAAAUUGGUUAACAACGUACUAAAAAAAAUAUAUUUGCGAAAGAAAUUUUCUAUUACAUUUACAGAAGAAUUGACAAAGUGCUUAGACUGCGAAAAUAUAUAAGUAUAGUAAUGUAGUAAAUAUAUACGCGCUCGUUUUCGAACAGAAUUUGAUAUACAUUAUAUACAAAAUAAUUGUAGUGGAAUUACUAGAUAUAGUUUUUCACAUAGGUAGGUGUUAUAUUUAUAAAACUAUCAAAGUAUUUAUUUGACAAAAUUCAAAGGCCGUACAAGCUUUUGUCUUAUCGGCAAGCCAUAAAGAUACAUUAUCUGUUCUGAUAUACAUAGAUAUUAGAUAUGUUACAUCACACUGACAUAUACAAUUUCAAUUAUACAAUAUAAUUGAAAAACUAAACACGUAUAUAAUACUUAUAUGUACAAUAUACUGCCAUUAUUCAUUUAGAAAUAUGUAAUUUAUUGGAAACUAUGAAAAAAAUUACUUAAAAAAAAUCUGUCCAUUAUUUUUGUAAAAGAUAUCAGGCAUUUAUGCAUAUUAUUUUGUCCUUACUAUAUUUAUAAUAUGUAAUUAUUUUUUAUUACUAUGAAUAACGUUUUGUUUCAUCGUCGUUACGCGAACAUCUUUACAAGAUUUCUGUGUCAAUAGAUAAUAAUGUUCUAGAAUGUUCGCUUGUUUCCGUAAAUCUACUCAAAUAGGAACUAAAACAUUUAGCUGUACACCUAUUGAAUAUCGGUGAAUGAAUUUCAUUAUUUUACCAAAAAUGUACAUAAUUAAAUUUAACUAGUCUUAAUUGUUCAUCGGUAUCAAUUUCCGUUUGUUUAUUUACGACAUUUUUCCGAUCAUUAUCAUCUUUAUAUUAAACAAAACUAUUGUUAAUUUCAAUCUUUCAUAUCACUCACAUUCCUUGGAUUUCGAUUAACAAAUUGGUGUUUCCAUAUUUGGAUACUACAAGCCUUUAUAGGUAUGGAUAUUUUAAGCAUUUUUAUGAUAAGACUGUAUGUAACUAAUCGUAUUAUUGGGGGUAUUUUAAUGUAUGUUUGAGACAACCUGCCAGUAUUGUAAGCUUAUAAUCAUUCUUAGUUUACCUUCAGGCAUGCGUCUGAAUAUUUUAUACAAAUUUAUAUACAUACAUAAAUUCGUAUCGGUUACAUUGAUUUACAAAAUCAAGAUUCAGAACACGUGUGUCAUGGAAGAAUUGCACGCACGUGGAGUUAUUCUUGGAAUUUAAUGUAUAAGCGAAGAUGUGACGAUUGUAAUGCCUAUCUAAUAUUUACACAACUCGUUUUCUAAACUACUGCAGUUAAAAAUAUAAUGCUCUAACUAGAGAUGAAGAAACACGAUAAACAUGAUAAGAGAGAAGCGGAUAAUAUUAUCAUCGUGGGAUAAGGAAACUACCGGCAGAUUGAUACUAUUCUCGUGCACAGUAUAUCAAAUUGAAUAUAUUUAGUUAUCUGUGGAAUCGAGAGUGUAUUGUAGUUACGAUUACUGCUUACACAAAACUGUACUGUGUAGACGAAACAAUAUUACCAACAGUGCCUAACUUAAAUUCACAUAUUAAGGAAACCUGACACUUAGUAACCAACGAAUGCGGAAAAUUAUGAGAAAUAAAAUUAAUAAUUUAUAUAUAAAAAUUUUAUUGCUAUGUUUAGGUCUCGAAACCCAUAUUUUAUUUGCAUGAAAUUUCCAAUACAACGACCAAUAUAAUGACUAAUUGAGAACUAUGAAAACUAUGACGAUAUAUUUUUGUUAUUAAUAAUUUUUCCGUUGUAUGAAGAUACUAUACAUCACAGCACAUUGCAUAUAUAUGUAAACAUACCAUUGCAUGUAACUAAUGACCAUGGCACUUGUGUCACAAAUGCCGCAAUUAAUUCGACACAAGUGCAGUAUACCUACGUUAGUAUAAAACCUCAAUGACACAGCAGUAACCGUUUCUUUACUAUUUUAAUGUGACGGCAAAAUAGUAACCUAAAUAACAGGUUUAAACUUACAAAUAAAAAUAUGUAACAUGUCUGCAGAAUGAUAAUUAUGUCAAGAUAUUAUCUUCAUUGUGUUUGUAAUAACAGUUUUUCUAAUCAUGAAGCGUUUCCAGUCGGUUAUUCUAAAAAUUAGUUCCUUAUUCAAAGAAGCAUAAUUAAUUAUGUUGUUUUAAACAAUUGGUGUUUUGUGCGAGUAGUUUUAUGUUUAGGGGAUAACAACAGGAUAAGAGAUAUCAAAAUCAUCAUUAGAUGAACUUAAACGCUACUCUGUAUCAAUCAUAAUAAAAAAUAAUAAUUCAACCGGCCAAAUUUAAUAGACCUUUCUCU